AUGAAGCUCACCCCUGGGUCGAUUCCCUUCGCCCUCCUCUCUGCUUCCACAGCUCUGGCCGCAGGCACGCUCGAAUUCUCCCUCGAAAGCAGACAAGUUUCACACUUUCCAGAUCUUGCCGAACGUAAUGUACAAGGGACUUCGGAGUCUGCAUUGAUCAGCAACUAUGACGGGACCCUCGGGAUGAGAUAUAUGAUCAAUCUCACCGUCGGCACCCCUCCUCAGCCCCAGAGCGUAUUGAUCGAUACUGGAAGCAGUGACACGAUAUUUCUCGCUGCCGAGUCAUUCUGUAACACAAGGAAAUCGAGCUCGAAGUGUCCUGGCGGGACAUACAACACCUCGGCUUCGUCCUCGUUCAAGAUGCUUUCNCCCAGCGGCAUCAACGCAACUUAUGGCGGAGUCACCACGUCCUCCGCCAGCAAUGCUGCUCUGGUUGGAGAUCUUGUGGCCGAUGUGAUUCAAACCGAUGAUCUCAUCAUCGCAGGUGCACACUUCGGAGUAGCACAUCAAAGCAGUAACAACAUGUUGGGCAACGGCGAUUACAUUGGCAUCAUGGGACUUGCUUAUCCAUCCGCUGAAGCUGUCAAGCAAGGCGAACCAAAGUAUCCUACAUUCGUCGAAUCGCUUGUUGAUGCCGGCGCCAUUGCCUCGCGUCUCUUCAGUCUUUAUCUCAACGCCGUAAGCAGUUAUGGCUCUAUCCUGUUUGGUGGUCUUGAUACCGAGAAGUACAUCGGUAACCUCACGACUUUGAACAUGAUGCCGCGACGUGCAAGCAGCACCAAAAUACAAUUCUUCAUGAUGCAGUUGGACGAAGUAUCCAUGACGCACGAGGAUGGGACGCACGAGGUGCUCAUCAAGCCCAGCGACCAGACACAGCUCGUGUACCCAGAUUCUGGCACAAUGACUUGGGUUCUCCCUGCGGAAUACUAUAGCAAAGUCGUCAACAUGACUGGUGCCAAAAUGCAAGGGAGCAACGCAUUCCUUCCUUGCAGCCAAGUCUCAAAUGAGACGUCUUUCACCUUUACAUUAUCUGGUAAUGGGACUAACAAAGCCCAGCUGGAAGUUCCAACUACCUUGUUCUUCACCCCUGCAGUUCUGGCCGAUGGAUCUGGAGUCCUGAAGUCUGAAGGAGAAGUUAUGUGUAUCUUGAUGGUCCAACAGGCCAACUCAGACACCGAUUUCAUGCUCCUCGGCGCUCCCGUCAUGCGCGCCGGCUACUGGAUCUUUGACAUGGACAACGGACAAAUCUCCGUUGCGCAAGCACGUCUCUCAUCCACCACUUCCAAUGUCGUUGCUGUCGGGGCUGGACCCCAUGGAGUCAUGAAUGCAGCAAAGCAGCCAAGUCAACUCGGUGCCAACCAGACUCUAGCCGUUGAUGGCAAUGCUACUGCUUCGGUCAGCAUGUCACUCACCACUGCAACCAACGCUGUGGGCCAGACUUCUGGCCCUCAGUCUACAGUCUUGAGCGGUGGAGCUGCUGGUCAAAUGGCCGAUGUUACUCUCGGAGCGUCUUUGGUUAGUGUUCUGAUGCUUUCAAUCACGUUUGGCGCUUUCUUGCUGUAA